CAAAAAAAAAAAAAUGUGUAUGAAAUUGAUAUGAUGUCCAGAACAGCAGUGGAAAAUGGAAAUAGCAAUUGAAUACACCACGUUAAUUAUCUGCACGAAUCUAUUCAUACAAAUUAGCAAAAUUUAACAAAGUAGUUCCUAAACAGAAGCUAAAUCACAUUCGAUUUUGGCAGUACUUACAGCAAGAAUUUCUGAAUAAGUGUAUGUCGGAAGACUUGAAAGAACACUAUUCUUGGAUUGCGUAGACUUAACCAGACAUAGUUUUGGGAGCUUCCAGAAAAUCCGAGUAAUUAUUUUACGGCGGCGGUGUUACUCCUAAAUUCUUCGAUACAAAGAGAGAAAAGAAUGUCAAGAUUCUGGAAGCCGGGAACAGAGAAACCUCGCUUUGUCGAGGAUGAAGAAGGCGGCGUUUUGUUCUACACCUCCGCCGCAUCUUCUUCAUCGGGGCAUGGGCACGCGAGCAUGGAGAGACAGAGACAGAGGCUCCCAGUGUACAAGUACAGGACCGCCAUUCUGUAUUUAGUGGAGACGCACGGCACGACAAUCGUCGUCGGAGAAACGGGCAGUGGAAAAACUACUCAAAUCCCUCAGUUCUUGAAAGAAGCUGGAUGGGCGGAUGGUGGACGGAUGAUAGCAUGCACGCAACCAAGGCGAUUGGCUGUUCAGUCUGUCGCUUCAAGAGUUGCUGAAGAGAUGGGCGUUAAGCUUGGGGAAGAAGUUGGUUACACAAUUCGGUUUGAAGAUAUUACAGAUGCUGAACUCACACGAAUAAAAUUUCUCACUGAUGGAGUCUUGCUAAGGGAAAUGAUGGAUGAUCCUCUAUUAAGCAAGUAUAGUGUUAUCAUGGUAGAUGAAGCUCAUGAACGGUCUCUUUCCACGGACAUUUUGUUAGGUCUCCUAAAAAAGAUUCAACGGCGUCGACCGGAGCUUCGCCUUAUCAUCUCAUCUGCUACAAUUGAGGCAAAAUCAAUCGCUGCCUUCUUUAAUAACAGCCGAAGGCUUCAAGGACGAGAUGUUGAAGGACAUGGACCAAAGAAAGAGCCUGCCAUUCUAUCCGUUGAGGGUAGAGGAUUCAAUGUGCAAACCUCUUAUGUUGAGGAACCUGUUUCAGAUUAUAUUCGAGCUGCAGUUUCGACCAUUCUUUCUAUUCAUGACCAGGAGCCAAUGGGAGACAUUCUUGUAUUUCUUACUGGUAAAGAUGAUAUUGAUGCUGCAAUUCAGUUCAUUACGGAAGAUUCUAAUCACAGAAAUCAAGGAUUGAUUGUUUUAGCUCUGUAUUCUGGACUGCCGCGUGCUGAUCAGGAUCUUGUGUUUUCUCCAACUCCUCGUGGGAAGAGAAAAGUGAUAAUAUCGACAAAUAUAGCAGAGACAUCCUUAACAUUGGAGGGCGUUGUCUAUGUUGUUGACUGUGGGUUCUCAAAGCAACGGUUCUAUAACCCUAUAACUGAUAUUGAAAAUCUGGUCGUGGCCCCAAUAUCAAAGGCUUCAGCUCGACAACGGGCUGGGAGGGCGGGAAGAGUUAGACCUGGAAAGUGUUACAGGCUCUACACUGAAGAAUAUUAUGUAAAUGAGAUGUCUUCUGAUGGUAUACCAGAGAUACAGAGGUCAAACCUUGUUUCGUGUGUUAUUCAGUUAAAAGCCUUAGGGAUAGACAAUAUUUUGGGGUUCGACUGGCCAGCAUCACCCUCGCCUGAAGCACUGAUCAGAGCACUUGAAGUGUUGUAUUCCCUUGGAGUUAUUGAUGACGAUGCAAAACUUACAUCUCCUGCUGGAUUCCAAAUUGCUGAAAUUCCACUAGAUCCAAUGGUUUCCAAAAUGAUUUUAGCUUCAAACGAUUAUGGAUGUUCUGAGGAAGCCAUCACUAUUGCUGCUGUGCUGUCCAUACAGUCGAUCUGGUAUUCUGUCAGGGGAUCAGAAAAGGAACUGGAUGAAGCCAAGUUGAGAUUUGCUGCUGCUGAGGGUGAUCAUGUUACCUUCUUAAACGUGUAUAGAGGAUUUGUUGAGUCUAGUAAAUCUUCGAGUUGGUGUCACAGGAAUCACAUAAACUACCAUGCAAUGAAAAAGGUUGACGAUAUCCGAAAACAGUUGAGAAGAAUAGCACAACGUUUGGGCAUAGCCCUAAAAUCUUGUGACCAUGAUAUGCAGGCAGUUAGGAAGGCAGUUACUGCUGGAUUUUUCUCUAAUGCCUGUCGUUUAGAAGCCUUCAGCCAUAAUGGGUCAUACAAAACUAUACGAGGUGCACAAGAAGUCUAUAUUCACCCUUCAUCUGUGUUAUUCAGAGUGAAUCCAAAGUGGGUGAUCUACCAUUCUAUUGUCUCGACUGAACGUCAGUACAUGCGCAAUGUGAUCACUAUAGACCCCUCGUGGCUACCAGAGGCUGCUCCACACUUCUAUCACCGCCAACAGCUCGAUCCUAGAUUGCACUCUUAGUGCUUUUACGUGCAUCGUCUCAAGGCACUAUCAUGUCAAUCGGUAGUGAUUGCUGGCUGUUUGGAGUUUCUUUGACAAUAAUCUUAGUGAUCACAUUCCUGCAUAAGAUUAUUGUCUGAUGAUGGCCUCAUGCACACACACAAAUCUAUUGAUUUUUGUCCUUGCGUUUGUGCAUCUUCUCUGAAUCCUGAGGUGCUGCUACUUUCUCAUUCAUCAAAAUCAAUGAAAUUUAUGAAGUGGAACAUUAAAUGUUGCCACCCCUGAGUUUGGUAUCACUCAGUUUUGUCUAUUUAAAAUUAUAUUCUGGUACCGAAUCUAUCUUAAAUCUAUGUACAAGUGGGGAUACGCGUGAUUGCUUCCAUAUUCAUAAUGCAUUUGGCGUAGUUUAUUUUUUAUUUCA